AUGAUGAUGGUGACCAAUCCUGUUCCCCUGGGAAAUGGCGUGUUACUUCAACCGUCUGUUUUAACUAGCAAACACAUGGUAAUAGAGAUUCGGUGUGGAGAUAUGAAAAUGAAUGAGUAUACCUGCCAAAAGUUGUUGUAUAAAGUGAAAGGUACUUGCCGAGUUUCUGGAAUACGGCCCAAUGGCCUCAUAACGUACCGUGAUUGCAAGCAGCUGUUGUCUGACAGCGACUAUAUCGCAAAUAUCGACUCCCGUUUCAAGUGUAUCCUCGUACGUCUCUACCCUGUUUCGGCAAUUAUCCUACAUGACUCUGUGUUGGUGGUAGCUAACGGCGAUAUGAACCUGGAUGCCUUCCUCAGGACGCUGUGCGACAUCACCCGAGAGUAUCAUGUUCAUAACCCGUCACAAACAUGUGCGUCGUCGUCGUGCAAGAAAGGCGCCGAGGAGAGCGAGACAUCGAUCGAUUUGACCCUUCCUUUUGAAGUAAAAAUUCUUGAAUGUUGCUACACGGCCGCCUUAGCCCACCUGGAGGAGGAUAUGACAGCAAUCGAGGAGAAGUUCAAGUUAGUGGAACAGAUGGUUAUGGAAAAACGCACCUACCAUGAAAUCAACAUGGUACUGCAUAACCUUAAGCAGCCAGUAGUUAAUUUGUCGGAGAUUUUGAAAGGCUUUACUGAAAUGAUGGAUGAGUUCUUAAACGACGAGGAUGCCAUGAAGCUACUGGAGUUCGACAGUCACAUGCUAUUUUACGGACCAGAAACGCAGCAUUCAGAUUUUGUAUGUUUCUUUGACUGCAGUUAA